UAAAUACACCGGGAGAUUUCGCUUUAUGUCUCUGACCGUCUCCACAUCGCGGCUGGAUGAUGUAUGGAUCCAUUUAGCGGGUAGUCGGAUUUUCCACCCAUCAGCAACGGGGAGUGGGCAAUAGAUAUAAGGACCGAUAUCUCAGUAGUUUAUUGUUGUUUUCAUUUGCACUGGAAAACGUUAACAUUUGGUCGCUCUGCUCCUCUGCUUUUAAAAAGAGAAAAUAAAAAAAAAGACAUGAACAUGGACAACUUUGUCAUCUGCGGAGGAGAAAGUGAACUGCACGCUUAAAGUGGGGGGAGAUCACAGUUUGUGAGAGCCAGAGCUGCGAUCCCCUCGGAUUGAAGAUUAUGUUGGGUUGACGACGUCUGAAGGACACCGAGAACGGGAUUAGGUCGUGUGCAGUCAAACAUACUUCUCAUUAUUACUGCGUGUUGUCCUCUGAAAAUUUGCGCAAUGACCUUUGAUGACUUGGAAUAUAGCGGCUGCGCCCGUAAGGGCAAGCUGUUGGAGGUUGGCAAGCUUUCAUCUGGCUGGACACAGUCAUGCUGAUGUUGUCUCCUGGAGCAUGUGCACAGUGCUUCUAACAGUGGGCAGGCAAUAAGGCUUGACAGAAGAUGCGACGGGGGCGGUGGCUUGUCAGAUGGCUGGGGACCGGAAUGGCAAUCCUCGCUUUGCUUACCCACAGCUGGGGCCAGAAUACAGAAGACUGGCAGUAUGAGGAGUGUAAGCUGUCUCGGCCGGGCCCUCCUGCAACCAUAGUGACCAUUGAUGAGGAGAGUCCCAAUGGUACGGUUUUGGUGGAAAACAUGCAAAUCAAUGGCAGGGCCCAGGACCCAGGCAGAACCAUCUCUCUGACUCUACUUGACAACUAUGAUUACUGGGUUAUACUGGAACCAUCACGGCAGAGACUUUACCUCAACAGCACCGGGCGCAUUCUGGACAGAGAUCCACCUAAUUACAUCACAACGAUUGUGGUUCAGGUCCAAUGCACCAAUGAGCUGGUUGGUACGGUUAUUUUACACGAAGUUCGAAUUGUUGUGAGGGACAAGAAUGACAACAGCCCCCAGUUUCAGCAGCCACGCUACUAUGUUUCAAUAAAUGAGCUCACGCCAGUUGGAACUACCAUUUUCAGCGGCUUUUCAGGAAAUAAUGGUGCGACAGACAUUGAUGACGGGCCCAAUGGACAAAUAGAAUACAGCAUCCUUUACAAUCCCGAUGAUCCGGUAUCUAACAACACAGUAAGGGUUGGGAACACACUUUCAGGAAUUAUUCUCCUGGCUGGGAGGCUAAACUACGAGGACAAAACUCGCUACCUGGUAUUGGUCCGAGCCAGUGACCGUGCUCCUUACCCACCAAACAGACUCACCGCUACCACAACUCUGACUGUGGAUAUCUUAGAUGGAGAUGACCUGGGUCCCAUGUUUCUGCCUUGCAUUUUGGUGAACAACACCCGUGACUGCAACCCACUCACCUAUCGUGCUGCUAUCCCUGAAUUUACUGAACCGAUUAAACUGAACCCACUGAAUGUGACCCCACCUAUCCGUGCUGUGGACAUGGACAGAAACAUCCAGCCCCCAUCGGAGAGACCUGGCAUUCUUUAUUACAUCUUGGUUGGUCAACCAAACACAUAUUCAGAGUAUUUCUCCCUGAACCGGACCACUGCAGAGUUGCGCGUUCUGAAACCAAUCAGCAGAGACUUGUAUCAGAGGUUCACUCUUAUCAUAAAGGCAGAACAGGACAAUGGACAUCCCCUACCAGCUUAUGCUGACCUCAUUAUUGAAAUCCUGGACGAGAACAACCAGGCGCCAUAUUUCCAGUUUGCCACCUAUCAGGGAUACGUGAGCGAGGCCUCCCCAGUGGGCACCACCAUCUCUGCCAGUGCCAACCUCACGGCCCCGCUAGGAAUCAUCGCUUUGGAUAACGACAUUGAAGAGACCAAAGACCCUAUGGUGAAGAUUACCCUGGAUGACUACACCACAAUUUUCAGCCUGACCCCAACUGGUAUAAUCCGCUACCUGAGGAUUCUGAAACCUGUGGACCGGGAGAAGCAGAUGACCUAUACUUUCACGAUGGUGGCAUCAGAUGGUGUCCAACAGAGUAGUCCAGUAACUGUCAACAUCCUGGUUAUUGAUGCCAAUGACAAUACGCCUACAUUUGCUCAGGUCUCCUACAGCGUUGAAGUCUUUACAGACAUGCAGCCAGGAGAGACGGUGCUACAGUUAACUGCAGCGGAUGCUGAUGAGGGGCUGAAUGGCCUGGUAACGUAUGAGAUUCUGGCUGGAGCCCAGGGAGAUUUUGUUAUUAAUAAUCGCUCUGGACGCAUCACUGUGGUGCCUGGUGUCGUCUUAUCUGUGGGACGAUCUUAUGCACUGACGGUCAAAGCCUCUGAUAAUGCGCCUGAUACCCAGAGAAGGAGCUCGAUCACUACAGUCUAUAUUGAGGUUUUACCACCCAACAACCAGAGUCCUCCCCGCUUCCCCCUCAUCACCUACAACCUAGAGAUCAGCGAGGCCAUGAGGAUUGGAGCUAUUCUCCUCAAUCUGCAAGCAACAGACAGAGAAAAUGAUCCAAUCACGUAUCAAAUUGUGAGCGGAGAUUCACAGAAUGUCUUCAACCUCUCUCGAACGAUUGGCCUUUUACUUCUGGGCAAGCCUCUGGACAGAGAGAUCACAGACCAGUACCGUCUGAUUGUCACUGCUACAGACGGUAACCCUGGAGGGACGUCCACUGCUACCGUGAGCAUAGUGGUGACUGAUGUCAAUGACAACGACCCAAAAUUUAACAUCACACUCGGCACCAAUUUUACUGUUCAAGAAGAACAAGGCGAUCUAUUUGUUGGACAAGUCAGGGCCACUGACCCUGAUGCAGGAGCCAAUGGUCAGGUUUACUACCGGAUUGUCAAUCAUCCUGACUUGUUUGUAAUCAGUGCCAACGGAAGCAUCUACACAAAACGACCUCUAGACAGAGAGUUAAGAGAUCAGUAUAGCCUCAUAGUUGAGGCCUCAGAUGGGGCGGUAGACCCUAGAAGAACCACCUUGACGCUCUUAGUCCAGAUUUUGGAUGUAGAUGACAACAGCCCGGUCUUCUCACAGCGAGACUAUGUGGUGAAUGUACCUGAGAACAGCCCAGUGGGGACUGUGGUUCUGAAACUAAGUGCUGUGGACGUAGACCUCUUCUCCAACAUCACAUACCGCAUCAAGACUGAGUCAGCCAGGCAGCUGUUCUCUCUUAACCCUAUCACUGGGGAACUAGCUGUGCUGCAGACCCUGGACUUCGAGGGUCUGGCAGCUAUGGGCAUGGGGGCUUCUUACACUUUCCAGGUAGAAGCUGUCGACCAAGGAGCCCGAAUGCCGCCGGGACAAGCUACUGUCACAGUUCGCAUCACAGACAUGAAUGACUUCUCACCUGUCUUCAGUCAAGAUCUGUACAAGGGCUUGGUGGCCCCCAAUGCAGAGAAGGGAACAGUCAUCACCACCGUUUUUGCUGCGGACCAAGAUCCACCAGGCACUCCGGCCAGUUUUGUGCGCUACAGAGUUGACCAGGAAAGGUCUCCUUACAGCGGGAGCAUCUUUGAUGUAGAGCAGGAAACUGGGAGAAUCAUCACCAAGGUCAACCUCAAUGAAGAGCCUAGUGUUACCUUUAAACUGUUUGUGAUUGCCUUUGAUAACGGGGAGCCGGUGAAGUCAAACAGUACUUUGGUGGAGAUCACUGUCCUUCAGCCCUCUCUCAUCCCGAUCUUCACUGAGGAAGAGUAUACGUUUCUGCCAGUGAAAGAGCUGUCUCCAGUUGGCACUGCAGUGGGGACUAUUUUAGCUGCUGCUAUGAAUCAAACCAUCUUCUACUCCAUUGUUGGAGGAAAUGAACUAGGUCACUUUAAGGUGAACAGCAGCAAAGGUGUCAUCUCCAUUGCCCAACCUCUGGACUAUGAGAAUAUAACCAGCUACGUUCUCAGGGUGCAAGCAGAUUCUUUGAGAGUUGUCAUGUCCAACCUGCGUGUGCCUUCUAAAACCAACACUGCCAAGGUGUUUAUUUACAUAGAGGAUGAAAAUGAUCACCCGCCCGUCUUCUCCAGAAAGCUUUACAUUGGUGGUGUGACUGAAGACACCAAGAUUUUCAGCUCUGUUCUCAAAAUAGUGGCCACUGAUAAGGACACAGGGAACUUCAGCGCCAUGGCAUACCGCCUAAUUAUACCUCCCACAGCAGAGGGCCAGAACAGCUUUGUCAUCGAGGCCUACACUGGGAUCAUUAAGUCAGCCAUCAUGUUUCGAAAUAUGCGAAGGUCCUACUUCAAGUUUGAAGUCAUUGCCACUGAUAACUAUGGGAAAGGUUUCAGCAACAGUGCUGAAGUGGUGGUUUCAGUAGUCAAUGCAUUAGACAUGCAGGUUGUUGUCUCUUCUGUCCCUCCCUACUUAGUAGAAGAGAAGAAGGAAGAGCUCAUUAGCAUUCUGGAGCGUCAUGUGCAGGACCAGAUUCCCGGUGCCAAGGUGAUCGUUGAGUCUAUCGGGCCACGUCGUUAUGGCGAUGGCUAUGAGCUGGAGGACUACACUAAGUCAGAUCUAAUGGUGUAUGCCAUCGAUCCACUAACAAACAGAGCCAUUUCACGGCAGGAGCUCUUCAAGUUUCUUGACGGCAAUGUCUUGGAGAUCAAUAAAGAGGUCCAGCCACAUGUGGGCGAGGGUGGCCGCAUCCUUGAGAUCCGCUCACCAGACAUUGUGGCCAGUGUGAAGAAGGCUGCUCAAGCUGUGGGCUACACAGAGGGAGCGCUUCUGGCCCUGGCCAUCAUCAUUAUCCUCUGUUGCAUUCCUGCCAUCCUCAUCGUCAUGGUCACCUACAAACAAUUCAAAGAGCGGCAAGCAGAGUGUGCCAAAACUGCCAGGAUCCAGAUGGCUUUGCCACCGGGAGGGAAAACAGCUCCAGCCGCUGCCCCUACUGCUAACCUCUACGAGGAGCUGGGCGACAGCAGCAUGAGGCGUGGCCCUGGCAGAAAGCAGCAACAACAACUGCUGAGGCCAUCUCUUCUGAGACCAGAGGAACUCUCCAUGGAGUCGGGCAUUGACCCAGGCCAAGAUUAUUACGCACAGGACUAUUAUAAUUAUGACCAAGGAUAUGACUUUCCUCAGUAUGGGAGUCGGAGGAGGCUGAUAACACCCAUGUAUGAUGAAUAUGGUGAGGUGAUCAUGGAGGAUGAUGGGUAUUACUACAGUCCACAUGGCCCAGAGCCUGGAAGAAAGAAACGGAUCAAACUUGUGGUUGAUAGGGAGAACGAGUCCAGCUCUACUGGAGAGGAAAGCACUACAGAGAGUCAACAGAAUAGACUGCCCAACAGUCAUAGCAACAUCAAUGGGAAUAUCUACCUCGCGCAGAAUGGCACUAUUGUCCGAACCAGGAGGCCAGCCCAUCUAAACAACCUAAAAAUGGGCUCUCCGUGCCGACUAAGUAAGCAUUUCAAAAAACUCGACAAAUUAGGUGUGACUCACGAGGAACCCCCUCCUACUGUAGACGACGAGGCUAUAGAAAACAACAUGGAGGAUGGAACGAGCUCGGGUUUACAUUCUAACAAAGACGUAAACCUCAACACUCUGUCCUCUUGUGGCUCUUUGGGAUCCACCAUUACAAAUCUAAAGACCUUUGGGUCCAAAGCCAGUAUUACCAAGGCCAUAAUUGACAGCGGGCAGUGUGUCAGCGGGGAGCAAGAGACAUCUGUCGACAACCACAACAGUAGUAGGGAAACACUGGAGUCACAACACAGUGACCGCACAAUAUCAGAUGAAGAAGAGCUGUGGAUGGGACCCUGGAACAAUCUGCACAUACCUAUGACAAAACUAUGACUGGUCAUUUACAAACUGAAAUCCCCUUUUGUUCAUCUUCUCUUGUUUUUGCGCAUAUGUUAAGAAAAUCAACUUGAAAUGUGUGCCUCAGCUAGUAAAGCUUCAAUCACUGACAGGUGGUUGCACAUAUAAUCAUAUUUUAUUGAGAGAAUUAUAAGACAGAGAUUACUAGUACCAGAUUUGUAUUACUGACAGGGCUAUAGUAGAUAAAGACAAUGAAUGCCUCCAGCAAAUUGAGAAUUUUAUGCGAGUCAUGCUCGACUCUUAAUUUCAUCUCUUGAAAACACUGAAUGGCCCUUUUUGUUAAACAGAGUUGUUUGUUAUUAUUCUUGUUUUAAUCGUUAAACACGAGAGAUUCCUGGUCAUUCCAAAGUGUUGCUGAAGACAUUUACAGAUAAAUAUUGGUGAUCAAAGAACCCGUAAUUAUGUAGUCUAUGAUAAAAAUCAACAUAUUUUGCUAUUUGUGUUGAACUUGCAAAAACUCCAGAAUGUUGCUGAUUAUUUAAUGUUGUGAUCACUUGGAAAUGUUUUUAGAAAUUUCUGAGCAAUAUAGUAAAUUAUUUUUGUCUAUUUUAUAUCCGAGAGAUGAAAAAUCUACAAUAUCAUUAAGAAUAAAUAUAUAAACAUGACUGCCAACGCUGACUUUCAACAGUGAAACGUGGCAGUAUGGUCAUAGUGUUUUUAUAUCUGCAUUUGUACUUAUAGAAUGUGGUAUUUUCAAUCCCUUUACAUGAUGCAGAUUCACUCUGUUCUUGUCAUGAGUAUGGAACACCAAAAUUGGUGUCACAUUCCACAAUAAAUCUCUAAUCUGUU